AUGAGCCGUUCGAACCUAAACACCUCUGUUGGAGGCAACCACAAUAGGUAUUCUUUCAUGGAAACACCACUUGAGAUGCACCCGUCAACCAAGCUCCCAAACCUAUCGCUGCAUCCCCCGGAUUCGAGAGCGCGGCCCGCGCAAGAGCCAGAAGAACCAAGAAUGCACCGGCGAGAAUGGUCGUAUGCACCGAGUGAAAAGCAAUUACAGGAUCAAGGCGUAAUGCCCGACCAAGCCAAGCGCCCGGCGCCUGAACAGCACCCGGCGAACUAUGCGCCGAUGGCGAAUGUACCUGAGCAGCCAGAGUCAUUUAGCCCUCCGAUGUCUCCCCAAUACGCCACCGCGCAUAGGAACCAGUAUUCUAGCGCGAUGUCCCCUCAAUAUGCAACCGUGCAAGCGAAUCAGCGGCAAAAUCCUCCAUUGUCUCCUCAAUAUGCAACUGUGCAUGGGAAUCAGCAGUACAGUCCUCCGAUAUCUCCUCACUAUCCGACUACACAUGGGAACCAGUAUGGGACAUAUGGCGCUUCUCAGUCAUACACGACCCUACCUCAUCAAACGAUCUCUCACCAGUAUAUAAACCAAUAUAAAGCUACCUCCCCGCAAGAGGAUAGCACACAGUUAUCUCCGCAGUCAUAUGCGACAUACUCGCACGCCCAGUCCUACCCAACUAUCCCGGACCAGCAACGCAGCCUCUCAAUAUCCCCCCAGCCAUACACAAGCUACACCGAAACGCCAGUCUCCCCCGAACAACCUAAAUCUCCAGGCCCACUCCCAGUCAAAGUCAGCCCCGAAUCGCCCGGCGGCGAAACUGUGACUAUCGCCCCAGAUUCAAACCCCCUCCAAUCACCUCAAGAAUCAUACUUCCCGCCCCCAACAAGAGCAGCAACCCAGCCAGCAUCCUACCAACAAGAAGACCUCAGCGCCUACCACCAACCAGGCCAAACAACCCACCCAAACCAAGAAGUCACCGGUGGUGGCUGGAGCAACGGGCUGUGCGAAUUCUCCAACCUCGGAAUCUGCUGCCUAGGCGCGUUCUGUCCGUGCAUCCUAUACGGACGGACGCAGCACCGCCUCUCGAUGAAAUCGAAAAAAGAGGACCCAACCAACAUGCUCAGCUACGAGACUUGUAACGCGUCAUGUACGGCGAUGGGUCUGCUCUGCGGCUGUCAAUGGCUCCUGGCAACAAUCCAACACACAAGGACAAGAAACGCAUACGGCAUCCAAGGCAGUAUUGCCUCGGACUGUGUGCGCGCCACAUGCUGUACAUGCUGCACCUUGAUACAGGAUGAGAAGGAGAUCCAGAAGCGCGAGGAACUGCGAGCCCGCUCUGCGAGGGAAAGGGGGGUGGCUAUGCUCUCGCCGUAUACUACCCCCGGACCGAUGUCCUAUGGCCCGCAGAGGUGA